AUGCUUUUUGAUUCCUUACUUAAAGGUGUUGAUUUUUAUAAGCAAUAUGCUAGAUUUGGUGGGUUUGUGGUAAGACUAGGUACUGAAAAGAGAAUUAAAGAUAGUGAUAAAGUCUACUUGAAAUAUUUACAUUGUAAUAAACAAGGGUUUACGAAGGAUGGUGAAACUAAAGCAAAAGUUUCUAACAAAGAUAAAAAUCCUAAAGCUAGAAAAAGAACCAUAAAUCGUGUUGGAUGUAAUGCAAUGAUUGGGUUUAGAGAACGUUCAGAUGGAAAAUGGAUGGUUUAUGUCUUUCAUGAAUCUCAUAGCCACAAUCUUGCUUCUCCCAACACAAUGAAUUUUUUGGCAAAUGUUGGAAACCUUAAACUUAGCCAGAAAAAAUUCAUUUUUGACAACUCUAGAUUGAACAUUGGUCCAAACAAGUCUUAUAAGUUGAUGAAAGAACAUCUUGGUAGCUAUGAUAAUAUAGGUGCAACAUUGAAUGAUUUCAAGAACUUUAAUCGAGACUUGAAAGCUUACAUACAAGAGAAAGAUGCUUCGAUGUUUAUAAACAAUUUGAAAGAAAAAGCUGAAAACAGUGAAGGUGCCUUUUUCUUUGAGCAUUGUAUGGAUGAACAUCAACGCUUGACAAGAGUAUUUUGGGCAGAUGCAAUUAGUAGAAAAAAUUAUUCGUUGUUCUGUGAUAUGAUUACAUUUGAUACAACAUUUGACACCAACAAAUACUCUAUGGUUUUUGCCCCAUUUACGGGUGUUGAUCACCAUGGUAAGUGUGUGACUUUUGGGAUAGGCUUACUUGCAAAGGAGGAUAUUGAAUCCUUUGAAUGGUUAUUUGAAACUUUCUUAAAGGCAAUGAAUAACUGUCAGCCUACCUGUAUCAUGACAGAUCAAGACCCUGCGAUGAAAGUGGCAAUUGAAAAAGUUCUUGAUAAGGCAAAACAUAGGUUUUGUAUGUGGCACAUUAUGAAAAAAGUGCCACAAAAGGUAGGGCCCAAAUUAUGCUUAGAAACUGAUUUUCUUCAUAAACUAAACUCUGUUGUGUGGAAUAGAGACCUUGAACUAGAAGAAUUUGAAAUUGGUUGGCAGUCUGUGAUGUCUGAAUUUGAUUUAGUGAAUGAAGAUUGGUUCAAAAAUAUGUAUAAUAUAAGGAAUAUGUGGAUUCCUUCCUACUUUCGUGACCUUUUUAUGGGUGGGAUUUUAAGGUCAACUCAAAGAUCAGAGAGUGAAAAUAGCUUUUUCACUAAUUUCACCAAUCAGCAUUUGUUAUUGGUUGAGUUGUGGUUUCGCUAUGAAUCUGCAAUCGAUGCUCAAAGGCACACACAAGACAAGUUGAAUGCUACUUCAAAAACUACACAUCCCCAACUUGUCACCCCCCUGAAUUCAAGCAUGCUUUGUACAAUUGUGGUAUAA